AUGCUGCUGAUUUUGUUCCUGACAAUGAUUUGUUUCCAUGUUUCCAUGAACCAAGAUUCUGGCCCUGAGUAUGCAGAUGUGGUGUUUCUGGUGGACAGCUCAGAUCACCUAGGGAGUAAGUCCUUUCCUCUUGUGAAAAAUUUCAUCAACAAGAUGAUUAACAGCCUCCCCAUAGAGGCCAACAAGUACCGGGUGGCGCUGGCCCAGUACAGCGAUUCUCUCCACACUGAGUUCCAGCUUGGCACCUUCAAGAGUAGGAACCCCAUGCUGAACCACCUGAAGAAGAACUUUGGGUUCAUCGGUGGGUCCCUGAAGAUAGGGAAUGCCCUGCAGGAGGCUCACAGGACCUAUUUCUCUGCUCCCACAAACGGAAGAGACAAGAGACAGUUCCCCCCAAUCCUGGUGGUGCUGGCUUCAGCCGAGUCUGAGGAUGAUGUGGAAGAGGCUUCGAAGGCCCUCAGAAAGGAUGGGGUGAAAAUCAUCUCUGUGGGGGUGCAGAAGGCUUCUGAGGAAAACCUGAAGGCCAUGGCCACAUCCCAGUUCCAUUUCAACCUCAGGACUGCCAGAGACCUCAGUGUGUUUGCCCCAAACAUGACUGAGAUCAUCAAGGACGUAACUAAGUACAGGGAAGGAAUGGCUGAUGACAUUAUUGUAGAAGCUUGCCAAGGCCCUUCUGUGGCUGACGUGGUGUUCCUGUUGGAUAUGGCCAUCAAUGGCAGCCAGGAGAACCUUGACCAUCUUAAAGCAUUCCUGGGAGAAAGUGUGUCUGCCCUCGACAUAAAGGAAAACUGCAUGAGGGUUGGUCUGGUGGCCUACAGCAACGAGACAAAGGUCAUCAGCUCACUGAGCACGGGCAUCAACAAGACGGAGGUCUUACAGCGCAUACAGGACCUGUCUCCCCGUCUAGGGCAGGCCUACACUGGCGCGGCUCUCAGAAAGACUAGGAAGGAAGUCUUCAGUGCCCAGAAGGGCAGUCGGAAGAACCAGGGGGUGCCUCAGAUUGCCGUGCUGGUGACCCACAGAGCUUCCGAAGACAACGUGACCAGGGCAGCUGUCAACCUCCGGCGCGAGGGAGUGACCAUCUUUACCAUGGGCAUAGAGGGGGCCAGCCCAGACCAGCUGAGGAAGAUCGCAUCCCACCCUGCAAAGCAGUUCGCCUCCAAACUGAGCAACUUCUCUGAGCUGGCUACUCACAACCAGACGUUCCUGAAGAAGCUGCGGAACCAAAUCACACACAUGGUUUCUGUCUUCUCAGAACGGACCGAGACCCUCAAAGCCGCCUGUGUGGACACAGAGGAAGCCGAUAUCUAUCUGCUCAUUGAUGGGUCGGGGAACACCCAGCCCACAGACUUUCAAGAAAUGAAGACCUUCCUGUCAGAGGUGGUGGGCAUGUUCAACAUCGCCCCCCACAAGGUGCGGGUCGGGGCCGUGCAGUACGCAGACACCUGGGACUUGGAGUUCGGGAUCAAUAAGUACACCGACAAGCCUGCCUUGAGGAAGGCCAUCGAGAACAUCAGGCAGAUGGGCGGGAACACCCACACAGGCGCCGCCCUGAACUUCACACUGAAGCUGCUGCAAAGAGCAAAGCAGCAGCGAGGAAACAGAGUGCCGCGUCAUCUCGUCGUUCUGACAGAUGGCAGGUCCCAGGACAGUGUCCUGGAGCCCGCACACAGGCUGAGAGAGGAGAACAUUCGAGUGCAUGCAAUCGGAGUCAAGGAAGCCAACCGAACCCAGCUGCGAGAGAUAGCGGGAGAGGAAAAGCAAGUGUACUAUGUGCAUGAAUUCGAUGCCUUGAGGGACAUAAGGAACCAAGUGGUUCAAGAGAUCUGUGCUGAAGAAGCCUGCCGAGACAUGAAAGCAGAUAUCAUGUUUCUGGUGGACAGUUCCGGCAGCAUCGGGCCUGAGAACUUCAACAAGAUGAAGGUGUUUAUGAAGAACCUGGUGAGCAAAUCUCAGAUCGGGGUGGACCGGGUGCAAAUUGGCGUGGUCCAGUUCAGCCACGAAAACAAGGAGGAGUUUCAACUCAACACGUACUUGUCUCAAAGUGACAUUUCCAACGCCAUUGACCGAAUGACUCACAUAGGAGAAACAACCUUGACAGGCAGCGCCCUCACCUUUGUGUCUCAGUAUUUCAGUCCUGAGAAGGGGGCUCGGCCCAACGUCAGGAAGUUCCUCAUUCUCAUCACAGACGGUGAGGCACAGGACAUAGUAAGGGACCCAGCAGUGGCCCUUCGGAAAGAAGGUGUGAUUAUCUACUCCGUGGGAGUAUUUGGCUCCAAUGUCACCCAGCUCGAGGAGAUCAGUGGGAAACCAGAGAUGGUUUUCUAUGUUGAGAAUUUUGACAUUCUGCAGCAUAUCGAAGAUGACCUCGUUCUGGGAAUAUGCAGUCCCCGGGAAGAAUGCAAGCGGAUUGAAGUCUUGGACGUUGUGUUUGUCAUCGAUAGCUCCGGCAGCAUUGACGAUCAAGAAUAUAAUAUCAUGAAGGACUUUAUGAUUGGCCUGGUGAAAAAGGCGGACGUGGGCAAGAAUCAGGUCCGGUUUGGAGCUCUGAAGUAUGCUGAUGACCCAAAAGUGCUGUUUUAUCUGGAUGAACUAGGCACGAAGUCGGAGGUGAUUUCCAUGCUCCAGAAAGACCAGCCUAUGGGUGGUAACACCUACACUGCUGAGGCCCUGGCCUUCUCCGACCACAUGUUUACUGAAGCCCGGGGCAGCCGUCUGCACAGGGGAGUCCCUCAAGUCCUCAUUGUGAUCACUGACGGGGAAUCUCAUGAUGCAGAGAAGCUCAACGCCACCGCCAAGGCCCUGAGGGACAAAGGCAUCCUUGUCCUGGCGGUGGGGAUUGCUGGCGCAAACACCUGGGAGCUCUUGGCCAUGGCAGGGUCGAGUGACAAGUACUACUUUGUAGAGACUUUUGGAGGCCUGAAAGGGAUCUUUUCCAACGUGUCAGACAGUGUCUGUAACUCUUCAAAAGUCGAUUGUGAAAUUGAGAAGGUUGACCUUGUUUUCCUCAUGGACGGCUCAAACAGCAUCCAUCCGAAUGACUUCCAGAAGAUGAAGGAGUUUCUGGCAUCAGUCAUUAAAGACUUUGAUGUCAGCCUCAACAGGGCGCGCAUAGGAGUGGCACAGUUCAGCGACAGCUACAGACCAGAGUUUCUGCUGGGCGCGUUCACGGGGGAAAAGGCGGUAGCCACGCAGAUUGAGAAUAUCCAGCAGAUCUUCGGAUACACCCACAUUGGGGAUGCACUCAGGCAGGUGAGGUACUAUUUCCAGCCAGACGCAGGCAGCAGGAUCAACGCAGGUACACCUCAGGUGCUGCUGGUCCUCACGGAUGGCCGGUCCCAAGACGAGGUGGCCCAGGCUGCCGAGCAGCUGAGACACAAAGGAGUGGACAUCUACUCGGUGGGCAUCGGGGACGUGGACGAUCAGCAGCUGGUCCAGAUCACGGGGACAGCGGAGAAAAAACUGACGGUCCAUAACUUCGACGAGCUGAAAAAGGUGAAGAAAAGGAUCGUUCGUAACAUCUGCAACCCAGUCAGUGAGAGCAGUUGUUUUGUGGACGUUGUGGUUGGGUUUGAUAUCUCAAGUCAGCAGAGAGGGCAGCCUUUGCUGGAAGGUCAGCCUUGGAUGGAGGCCUAUCUCCAAGACAUCUUACGGGCUAUCAACUCCCUCAACGGGGUUAGCUGUAAGAAGGGCACCAAAACCCAGGUGAGCAUAGCUUUCCAGGUGACAAAUGCCAUGGAGAGAUUCCCCUCCAAGUUCGAGAUCUACAGUGAGCACAUACUGAGCAGCCUGAGUGGUGUGACCGUGAACGGCCCGUCUCACCUCAACGCGAAGCUGCUGAGUUCUCUGUGGGACACGUUUCAGAAUAAGUCUGCCGCUCGCGGGAAGGUGGUCCUUCUAUUUUCGGAUGGAUUGGAUGAGGACGUUGAAAAACUUGAACAGAAAUCUGAUGAACUCAGAAAGGAAGGGGCCCUGUCCACUGGAAAGUCAGUCUCCACUCUGCCCCUGGGCAGUACAAAGAAUCAGAUGUUGGCCUCAAGUGACACCAGGGAUGUGGUUUACGCUCCAGAACUCUCUGAGGUCAAGUUGAAGCUAGGGGGUAGCUUGGGUCCUGCCCUGAACUCCUUCCUUCACCCCCUGUCUUCUGAGGACUUUCAGAACAUUGUGUCUGCUGGGCUUCCAGGAGAGCUGGGAUCCCCUGGGGAGCCAGGCCCCCCUGGACGGAAGGGCGUGAAAGGACCCCGAGGACAGGCUUCGUUUUCCACAUGUGAGCUCAUUCAGUAUGUACGGGACCACAGCCCUGUCAGACACGGAAAACCCGAGUGCCCAGUACAUCCGACUGAUUUGGUGUUUGUCCUGGACCAGUCCAGGGGUGUCACAGAGCAGGACUUUGAACGGAUGAAGGGAAUGAUCAUCUCCCUAGUCAGGGAUGUCAAAGUCAGGGGGGCCAGCUGCCCCGUGGGUGCCCGAGUUGCCAUCUUAUCCUAUAACUCCCGCACCAGGCACCUCAUCCGGUUCUCAGACGCCCUGAGGAAGGACCAUCUGCUCAGGGAAAUUAAAGCGCUUCCUUAUGAGAGAUCCUCUGACAGCAGGGAGAUUGGCAAAGCCAUGAGGUUUGUCUCCAGGAAUGUCUUCAAGCGAACCCUUCCCGGGGGUCACGUGAGAAGAAUCGCCACGUUUUUCAGCAGUGGUCAGUCGGCUGAUGUCCAGUCCAUCACCACAGCUGCCAUGGAGUUCAGCGCCCUGGACAUUGUGCCCGUGGUGAUCGCAUUCAGCAACGUGCCCUCUGUCAAGCGUGCCUUUUCGAUUGAUGACACUGGCACAUUCCAAGUCAUUGUGGUUCCCUCUGGGACUGACGACGCGCCAGCCUUAGAGAGACUCCAGCGGUGCACUUUCUGCUAUGACUUAUGCAAGCCGGAUGCAUCUUGCGACCAAGCCAAACCGCCCCCAGUACAGUCCUACCUGGACGCUGCAUUCCUGCUGGAUGGCUCCCGGCACAUGGGAAGUGCAGAAUUUGAAGACAUGAGGGAUUUCCUGGAGGCACUGCUGGACCACUUCGAAGUCACUCCAGAGCCAGAGACAUCUGUCACUGGAGACAGGGUGGCCCUACUGAGCCAUGCUCCCCCAAACUUCCUGCCAAACACCCAGAGGAGUCCAGUUAGACCUGAGUUCAACCUAACCACCUACAGCAGCAAGCGCCUCAUGAAGAGGCAUGUGGAGCAUAGAGCUCAGCAGCUGAACGGAGACGCUUUCCUUGGCCAUGCUCUCGGGUGGGCUCUGGACAACAUCUUCUCAAACACACCCAAUCUGAGAAGAAACAAAGUCAUAUUUGUGAUAUCCACUGGGGAAACCAGCCACCUGGAUGAGGAAACAUUGAAGAAAGAGUCCCUACGAGCCAAAUGUCACGGAUACGCCAUCUUUGUGUUUUCCUUGGGCCCCGACUGGAACGACAAGGAACUGGAAGACCUGGCUAGUCACCCCGUGGACCAGCACUUGAUCCAGCUUGGCCGAAUUCACAAACCUGACCAUGGAUAUAGUGUGAAGUUUGUGAAGUCCUUUAUAAACUCCGUCAGGCGUGGGAUGAACAAGUAUCCAUCAGUCAACAUCAAAGCCAGGUGCAACAGACUCAACCCUACAAAUCCAAAGCCACCCCCACGCCAGUUUCAAAGCUUUGUUCCGGGACCACAGAAAGCUAUCCUCAAAGACCACUCACCGGAGGCAGCAAAGCUCUUUCAAGAUAAAAAACGCCUUUCAAGUGUCCUGAGAGGUGGCAGAGCUGCUAUUUCAAGUCUUUCUAAAAACACACUCUAUACCUUUAAACAGGGGAAAGGAGGGAUAAAAGCCACUUCCAAACACGGUAAAUGAAGGGAUCAAACAAGUUAGCUGUGGUCAGGCUCUGGACUGAGCACCAGAUCCACUCCCGAACGCCAAGCUCUUAUCCAGGCUGCACACCAGCAUCCAACAGCUGCGCUGAAGGGAAGAACAAGCCAGUGGCUGUAGUUGGUCAGGUACCUCAACCCACUACACUCACGGUAUCAAGAUCUAGUCAGUAGGUUUACUUGACGAUUCCAGACAAUUCCAGCACUCUGAGAAUCAUAUAACUACGGGGAGAUGGAACGAAAGACAUGUUUUGAAAAGUUGAAUGAGACAAGAUUUUGAAGUUGAUUUUUUUACAGUGUAUGCAUGUGGACAUGGGCCACUGUAAACUUCCAAGUGCGACCCUCUGCUGCUUUUCCAUCUGCAAACCCACCUUUUUAAUGUGCUAUUGUUUAAUGCUCAUCUGUUUAAUCAGAAGCCUUCAAUGUUGUUGAGUUCUCAAACAUUUACCCUAGAAAUUGGUGCUGUUUGUAUGUCAUGGUUUUGGACAUCUGACCUUCAGGACUUCCAUUUCAGCACAGCAUUGUCUUGGUAGACUGGCUGGCCUGGGAGGGGCUUGUGCCGGAAGGAUGCCUCUGGCCUUCGGCAGUCAUGUGCCUGGUCUGUAGGAGGCAGAAAGUAACUCUCUCCAGUUCUGACUCCUCCGAAACUCAGUGGGAAACUUAGCAAGUCUCCAGGA